UUCACCCCUCAGUUUUUUAAUUCGCGUUUUUAACAAAGCAGUGGUGCAUCCCGUUUUUUUUUUGUUUUUUGUUUUUUUUUAGUUCUUUAUCGCUCGACAAUAAUGUUCUGUUGGAAUGUGAAGUUAGCGGAACUUUUAUUUGUUUUUUCCUACUUCCUCGUCUGUGCGAAGCUUCAAAGUACAGUUGAGCCUGAGGUGAUCGGCUCCGAUGAACCAGUUGUAGGAGUAGUUGGUGAAGACGUCAUCCUGCCGUGUCACCUGAAGCCUCCACAUGAUGUGACAAGUCUAACAGUGGAGUGGAAACACUAUGAAAAGAACACUGUUCACUUCUAUCGUAGUUUGGACGAUAGUGUAGUAUCUCAACACGAGCAGUUCAAAGGCAGAACUUCUCUCUUCCGUGAUGAAAUGAUUCAUGGAAACAUUUCCCUGAAACUGACCAAUGUGACUACAAAUGAUGCUGGAGAUUACACCUGCUAUGUUCGCAAACGGAACAGUCAGGUCAAGAAGGGGAAACUUUCCUUAGUUGUUCAGGAGCAAAGAAACAUCAGUAGUUCUAAUCAAACUUCCAGAGGAGAGGAAGAACGUGACAAAGAUACUGUGACUGGUGGGAUAAUAGGUGGUGGUGUUGGUGGUGCUGCUGUUCUUCUUGUCAUCAUUGUCAUCAUCGUCAUAUUGAUUUGGAAACGGGAUGAAGUCAGAGACUUCUUUCACCAUGAGGAAACACCCCAACAAGAUCAACAGCCACAGCAGAACGCACAACAACCGAAUGAUGCUGAGCAGCAUGAGCUGAAGCCUCUCAAUGAGUCUGCACAACACCAGGAAAAGAAAAGCCCCGCCAGAAAAAGGAACACUCGCUGAUUCCAUUAUUUUUAUUCUAUGGUUUUAAAUCAGGUAUGUUCAGGACGUCACAUAAAAUAACUAUUUAAAUAGGAGGAUGUUCUUUCUUAAGUUGCUAAGGUCUGUGUGUGCUUUCCAAAUGGUGUUCACAUCUUAGGCUUGUAGCCUUGAGUCAGUUUUGGAAGCUGUGAACCAUCUGCUGAAAAUGUCGAUUUCUUUUCUUUUCUUUUUUUUUUUUAGAAACUAUUUUUAAUGUGAUUACUUUUUUUUAAAAUGCAGUCAUUGAACCAAAUCUGUCCUAGUGAACUCAAUGUUCCACAGUUAGAUUUUACUGUCAUCAUCUGAGCCCAUGGAGUUGAAAUGGAAAUUAAGCGUUGUGUUUUUUGUUCUCUGUAUUGGUUGAACACCACCUUGUUUUGGUUUUAGUUUUUCCACACACAAACACUUUCUGGUUUUGUCAGGGUUAGGGUUAGGGUUAGGGUUAGGGUUAGAGGGAUUUAGGGUUAGGGUUAGUCAGAUAUGCCGCAAUGCUAGAGUUUGUAAAGCUGCAGAAUGAGUUAGUUCAGUUGUGACAGAGGCUGCAGACACACUGUGAAAAGGUGGAAUAUUUAAUGUGUGCACAAACCAAAUAAGAUUCAGGAUGUAAUUCAUGGGCCAGUUCAUGUCACUCAAGAGUUCUCAGUUUAUAUAUGGAUCCUUUUAAAGGUAAAUGAAGUAAAAAGGUAGAAAGUAACUCAUCUGGUAGGUUUAGUCAAAGAUCAAGGGAAUUAGUUUGGUUAAUCAAGAUUUAGAACCUCUGAGCUGUGGACCACAUCAUCAGUAGUAGUAAUAAAUAGGUUAGAAUAGGAUUUAUAGGACUUCAUAGGAUGUUUCAGCCAUUACCACCAACAGGUCACCAGGGUCAUCCCCAAGCGAGGACCAGGGAAAGAUGGUGAGGAACAGUUUGGAAUGAAUGUUAAAAUAAACUGGUUGUUGCUGCUGCAUUUUAAAGUUUACACUGAGCCACAGUUUGGAGGGGAGAACCUCAGAGAAAUAAGUUUUAGAUUUACACUCAUGAAUCAUUUAAGCCUCUCACUGUGACUCCUCUUGUUUGUUAUUACUACUAAUCCUUUGAGUUUGAACAAGCUGAGGAUGUGAUGCAGCUCCAGCUUGUUUUGGCAUCACUUUAGGCUGAACUGGUUUUAAAACAAACCUUGAUUGAUACAGCAAAGCUCAGUCUAAAGUCUAAAUAGCCCGGCUCUAUUCUGAAGUCUUUGUUUAGUGGCAGUGAUAUCACAGGACAGGCCCACCACGUCAGCCACAGCAGGACCCGAGGCAGAGCCAGUAUAUAACAGUAAUAAAGAAUAGAUGACAGUAAUAGUAAUUAUAAUAGUAAUAGUAAUGUCAGAAUUAUCUACCUAUUCCCUCCUCCUCAUGCAUCCCAUGCCUUGUAAAUUACUUGAUAAGAAUAUUAAUGAAGUUACUGGCAGAAGUAUUGAACGGAGUCAUGUUUGCAAAAAUGUGACAAAAUCUGACCAGAUGGCCUGAGUUUCUGUUUUUUUGUUGAGAUGAGUUUUCCAGACAGAUGUGGUCUGUGAGAACAUUCUUCCAAUGAGCCAAAUUUAUGUUAUUUUUUGAUUUCCAGUUGUUGAGGAUAGUUUUCUUGGCGAUAGUUAGGGCCAUGAGUAGUUUAUUGUUUGUUUUGUCCGGGCCAAGAGAUGUUGAGUCUCCUAAAAGGCAGAGUGGGAGAUGAUGGGAUGCUAUAGCCCAAAAUGAUCGGACAGUGUCUCUGUGCCUGUGGCGGUGAUAUGUAACCACUUUCAGUCCCAGUGUGACUGAACUAAAGCACUGUAAAAACAGAUACGUAGGAGAUGAAGGUGAACUUUUAUUUGAAGUAUUUCAAUGACACUGCAUAUUUAAUGACUGAAACAAAGCCAACAAUCCAAUGUGAAAUCAUUAAAUCAUUAACAGAGCUGCUGUUACAAGUGAAACUAUCCAAUAUGGGUGUGUGUUGUGUUGUUGUGUGGACAGACCUGUGAAAACUGUCCCCCUGUUUGAGCUUUACACACCUACCGUACUUACUAGUGUUUAUGUGACUCUACAAUGGGAGAUGGGUUUUAACUCAAGGAGGACUCUGAGGAGAUUGUUUCUAUUACUGUUCACAGAUAUCCAGAUUCAUCUUUAAUGUGUUUUUAAAGCUUUAAUAUCAAAUAAACAACUAAUCAGAUGUACAUUUUUAUCGUAUUGUGUUGCUAUUCAAUUCAUUUUUGUGUGUUUUUUACUUCUUUUAUCAAAUGUGAAAAUAUUACUUCAUUAUAAAUGAGUCCUAUUUGUUUGCCUUGACCCUUUCAUUUCCUUCCAAGUAUGUUGUUUUUGAUUAUUGUCAUCAUCAUAUUUUUGACUAUUUCUGUGAUUAUAUGCACUUUGUAAAUUAUAUUUUUAAUGAAAGGGGUGUUGGGAGAUUUAUAUGUAUGUAUGAAAUGUCAGAAUAACAUUAAAUAAUGAUAAAAGUU